CGGGUCUUACCAUCUUGUUUUAUUUGUUUGAAGCGAGCUGAGUCCCUGAGCACUUCUCCCGAUAAUGUCCACGUCAAAUGAUGGGAUGGCAGUUGUGAAUGGAGUGCUCAAAACUUGAGAAGGGACCAGCAAAGCUGACGCUAGUCGAAAAAAGGACACGACUGCAAAAACUUCGGACCUGUAUAGGUGGCCAAAAAGAUGCCUGUGAAUAACUCAAGUUCGAUACCAAAUUAUUAAAUGCAAACCACACCAAAUGAGAUUUAGUUAAUAUUUUUACUAAUAUAUAUCGUUUUUUAAAAAUUAUAAAUGGUCGUAUAUUUGAUAAAAUCAUCAAGUAUUUGUUUUUUUUUUAUUUGUUAGUCGGCAAAAAUAACGAACCUCUAUGCCGUUCUGGGUGACGUGUCUUCUAUGAGACGUGUGGUUCUCAAUGGGGAAACUGGCGCCAUUUUGGCGCAAACAGGAAGUCCGUCGCGCUUUAUCGCGAGAGUGAAUUUAGAGCCACUAUGGCGGCGUCGCGUGUAGUUUCAUGACAAGCAGGUUUGGCGAGAGCCCACCGAAACGAGUCACAUCACUGGUCUCAACUUGGAUAAGAUAUCAGAGAAGGAUGGUACAGGUGGUUUUUCUACAUCCAGACCUUGGUAUAGGUGGAGCGGAGCGCCUGGUUGUUGACGCUGCUGUCGCUCUAAAGUCUCAAGGAUGUAAUGUCCAAAUCUGGACUGCCCACUAUGACCCGAAUCACUGUUUCUCUGAGACCCUUGACCCAGACCUACCUGUGGUGUGUGUGGGUGACUGGCUGCCCACCAAUGUUUUUGGUUACCUCCAUGCCCUGUGCGCUUACCUGCGCAUGAUCUACGUGGCGCUCUAUUUGGUUUUCCUGAGUGGCGUGGAGUACGAUGUCAUCUUCUGUGAUCAAGUGUCGGCGUGUAUUCCGGUACUGCGACUGUCCCGUCGUAGGAAGAAGGUUUUAUUCUACUGUCACUUUCCGGACCAGCUACUCACUCAAAGGAAGUCGAUGCUGAAGAAGAUGUACCGUGCUCCCAUCGACUUCCUGGAGGAACGCACCACUGGCAUGGCUGAUUUGAUUCUGGUAAACAGCCAGUUCACCGCAGGAGUCUUCAGGGAGACCUUUCAGAGUCUCAGAGGGGUCCAGACAGACGUCCUCUAUCCCUCCCUCAACACGCGCACCUUUGACCGGCCGUCCACCGAAGCACACGUCCUGGAGGGGCUCCUCCCCGAGGGCACCAACCACCUGUUCCUCUCGCUCAACAGAUACGAGCGAAAGAAGGACUUGGGUUUGGCGCUGAAGGCCCUGGCAUCUCUGAGAAGCGUCCUCCCCGCGGCCCGAAGCGCAGGUGUUCACUUGGUGGUGGCGGGAGGCUACGACGACCGAGUCGGCGAGAACGUGGAGCACUACACGGAGCUGAAAGGCCUGGCAUCGGAACUGCACUUGGAGGACUGUGUGACUUUCUUGCGUUCCCCCUCGGAUUCCGUCAAGGUGGCGCUGCUGCGGGGGAGCCACGCCGUGCUCUACACCCCGAGCAGGGAGCAUUUCGGGAUCGUCCCCGUGGAGGCCAUGUACUGCCGCUGUCCCGUUAUCGCCGUGAACUCUGGUGGGCCCCUGGAGAGCGUGGCGGAUGGAAAGACCGGCUUCCUGGUCGAGCCCACGGCAGAGGCUUUCUCCAAGGCCAUGGAGAAGCUGGUCAUGGAGCCACACCUCCGUAGGGACAUGGGAGAAGCUGGCAGGAGGAGGGUAGAAGAUAAGUUCUCUCUUUUGGCCUUCUCAAAGCAGCUCUACGGCUACGUUGUCGGCCUCAGUCGCUGACGUCAACACUGAAGGUAUUUUUUUCUGGAAUGAGCGGAAGUUUUGGAGUCUUCAUCUGGCUUGAGGGGUGGAGUUUUAGGAGUUAAUUAAUCAGCGUUUCCUUAGAAGGGUUGCCGAGGAACAGAGUUCCAUCCCAAUUAUGAAGACACUACAGCAACCAAAAUCUAUUGAUUCAUACAUUUACGUUUUUUUUCUCCAGCAUCUUCAUGAAAGCAGCAUAGUUCUCCUCAGCUCGCACGCCGUCCUAAAUCAAUAACCAGGAUGCUUUCCUCCACUUCCUGUCUGCUCAGAGCUUUCUUCCAAAGACGCUGGCCUGCUCCGUGACUCCUGCCGCUGCACGGAGGUUAUUAGCAGAUGAUAGAGCGUCUUUGGCUUCAUUAGAGGUCUGCAUGGUGGGCAGAAUGCCGCUGUCUGGGUCAUCAUGGAGGAGAAUACCAGAAGGUCAUUGUGUCUACGCAAUGGCCUCCUCAGGCCCUCCUCCCUAUUGUACGGACACGCUCUUAUUGACAUUCCAGCAGUCUUAAUAAACCAGAAGACACACACACACACAAAGUUUCUAACAGCCGCUUUGUCGGAAACUUUCUUCUUUCCUUUUAUUGUGCCACAAAAAAUAUGGCCUUUACUGUGAAAACACGUUUUUCAAAGUAAAGGAUUUUGCGAAUUAGGGAAAAUUGAUGGUGAGCGCUUAGGUUUCUGUCUCCAUCCGCUGCUGCAUAAUCAGUUCGAGAUUCGCGGUUGUGUCGGCGUGGUCGGCGUUCGUUUUCUGGAAGGGAAUCUGAAAACAGGAAAUGACCAUCAACGAGUUGCCUUCUUAGAGUUUUGGUGCAAGUAAGGACUUAAAAGGAUAAUUUGGAUUUGGAUUUGGACCGGAGUGUAGUGCAUCCACGGUGACUUACUGGUGGUUCCAGUUCUGGUGGGAUUUUUUGUGAUGGGGAACAUAGUUCCGGGGAGUUGGUGGAGCCACUUAAGUAAAGAGUUUGGCUUCUGAGAACAAUAUGCGUUCAGAAGAGUACAGUAAACCUCGGAUAUAUCGGACUCGGAUAUAUCGGAAAUUCGCUCACAACGGACAGAUAAAAAAGAACCGAUUUUUCUGUAAUGCAUUUCCAAUAAAAAUUCAUUGCAUAUAUUGGAUUUUUUAUAACGGAUUUUCGGACAAAAUCUCCAGUCCCGUUCCAAUGCAUUUCCAUUAAAUUUCCCUCGCAUAUAUCGGAUGGCCGCAUCGUGGCGCUCCGAUUCGCCGAAUCGUGACAGGCCGCUAUACGACGUCAUUUGCAGCGUUGGAAACAUAGUCAAGGAAGUGCCUUUUUAUAACGGAUAAAAUCCCAUUUACGCAUAUACCGGAUAUAAAUCCGAUAUAUGCGUAAAACGGACAUUUUCCGGUAUACGCAUAUAACGGAUUUCGCUUAUAUCGGACAAAACCAGUGGGAACAAUUGAAUCCGGUAUAUCCGAGGUUUACUGUAAUAAUACAUUUGCAUCACUAAAAUGCCUCUUCUAAAAAAAAAGACCUCACAAUUUUCCUCCGCUUAUUCGGGUCCGGAUCGCGGGGGAAGCCCAGACUUCCCGGUCCCCGGCCACCUCCUCCAGUUCCACCGGAAGGACACCAAGGCAGGCGUUCCCAGGCCAGCUGUGAGACAUAAUCCCUCCAGCGGGGCCUUUUCCCGGCUGGACAUGCCCGGAACACCUCACCACGUCCAGGAGGCAUCCGGACAAGAUGCCCGAGCCACCUUAACUGACUCCUCUGGAUGUGAAGGAGAAGCGACUCUACUCUGAGGCCCUCCUGGAUGGCUGAGCUCCUCACCCUAGGAUUUUGAGGUCUUAUUAUUUAUUUUUUUGUGAUGCAAAUGUUUUGUUUUGUUUUUUUAACUCAUUUUGUUUUGAGAAGCCAAACUAUUAAGUGUCCUCACAAACUAACCAGAACUACGUUCCUCAUCACAGAAAUCCAACCAGAACUUGAAGUGAGGGGGUAAGUCAUCGUUGAUGCACAACACUACUGACCUUUAAACCUGAACCUCUUACAUUGCCCCUCAGAAAUAUUAGAACAGUGGACAUUAAUCAAUACGCGGAAUCGAACCCACCUGGGUGCAAACUGCCCGGCCGUAGCGAACAAAUGUGGCAAAAUGCUCGCUGUUGAAGUUGAUGAGGUCGUAUUUGAACUCCUGGUUGAGAAACGUGUGACAGCGAUGCAUCAUCACAUCCAGCGUGGAGGGAACCAGCUGGUGUUUGUCAUUGUUGACCCGGAUGCGGAUUCCCGCCGGCACUCUGAUGUCACAAAUGGGCUCAGAGAUGAUUGUGGUCUUCUUCAGAACACCGUCACCUUUGGACCUGGGGAGCAUGAGCUGCAUGAGGCUGCGGCACGCUUUUUGCGUCAUGUUCUCAUCUUUGAAACAAGGAGAAAAAGGACAAGCAUGGCAAGAUCAUUCUUACUUUCACUUUACUUUCACUUUAAAUCAUAUUUCACUCGCUCACCUCCAACUCCAAAAUGGAUCACAUGACCUUUUCCCAUAUAAACUCCCCAGAGAGACAACCCCAACCAUGGAUUGACAAACUCUAUCAGGUCUCCAAUCUCCGCUGUGGACACUUUAUUAUCAAUCUUGGGAGAGAAAUUGUUCAAAUGAGCAGACUUGUGAAAAGCAAUUAAAAAAAUAAUCCACCAGAGGGCGCCGUAGGACCCAGAGUCAAGAGAGAGGCUGACGUCAUUGCAGCACCCCAAUAAAUUAAGCGUAACGUAUUAUGUAAAAAAAAUCAUAGAGCAUUGCUACAUAUUUGUAUAUUGCUGAUGUAUACCUUUUCGGUGCUAAGUUGCUGCGUGAUGAGUUUAGUGUUCUUAGUAAGUCAGACUCUGUUAUUUUAUAUUAUGACCUGAGUAACUCUAAUAGCUUGUGAUUGGCUCCUGCCCGAAAGAAAGAGCUAAAUUUUUCUCACUGACUAGCGAGCGGGACAGUAUUUAAACAAUUAGUAGCAGUCUGGAGAGAGAAAUUGUUCAAAUGAGCAGUCGUGUGUAAACAUUUGUGAAAAGCAAUUAAAAAAAAACAGUCCACUAGGGGGAGCCAUAGGAGCCAGAGUCAAGAGGGAGGCUGACGUCAAUGCAGCACCCCAAUAAAUGAAGCGCAACGCAUUAUGUAAAAAAGUAUUGCUAUUGCAUAUUUGUAUAUUUCUGAGGUAUACCUUUUCGGUGCUAAGUUGCUGCGUGAUGAGUUUAGUGUUCUUAGUAAGUCAGACUGUUGUUUUAUAUUAUGACCUGAGAUUUCCAAUGGGUUGACAAUCUCGUUACGAGUGCAUUAAUAGCUUGUGAUUGGCUCCUGCCCGAAAGAAAGAGCUACAUUUUCCUCACUGAGUAACAAAGUAAAAGCGUUAGCGAUUAGAACUAGCCGCACCACUGUUGCAUUAUUUCAAAAUAAGAGAUUGUUUAUCUGAACUUACUUCUUUGCUUCUUUCUUU